GCUUCUUCUGGUUCUUUUUCUUUUUCUUUUUCUUCUUUUGGUGGAUGUGUGCGGAUUGAGUACGGAUCAUGUGAUUGAAUUUAAUAAAGCACGGAUCUCCGGUGGAUUUUGACAGCGAUUGAAAAAGAGAUUGUAAAGAGAUUGUAAAGGGAUUGUAGAUUGCAAAGAAAUUGUAGAUUGUAAAGGAAAAGUAUUGAGAUAAAUAACAUAUUCAUAUCAUGGCUAUAAAGUAUUUGAUAUUGUUAUCGAGACAAGGAAAAGUGCGAUUGUCGAAAUGGUACAAUACGCUAUCGCAGAAGGAUAAGACAAAGAUUAUUCGAGAGCUAACGGCUGUUAUAUUAUCACGAAGAGCAAAGAUGUGCAAUAUAAUUGAGUAUAAGGAUUACAAGAUCAUCUACAGAAGGUAUGCGUCGUUGUUUUUUGUUGUGGGGAUUGAUAAUGAGGACAAUGAGUUGUUGGUGUUGGAGAUUAUUCAACGGUUUGUUGAGCAGAUGGACAAAAUCUACGGGAAUGUGUGUGAGUUGGAUAUAAUUUUCAAUUUCCAAACAGCGUAUUAUAUACUUGACGAGUUGUUGUUGGAUGGACAUUUGCAGGAGUCUAGUAAGAAAGAGGUGUUGAAGCGAGUUUCGCAGCAAGAUCAAAUGGAGGAUGCUGAUCAAUUAAAUAGUGUUUUAGCUUAAUCAAUGAAUAUGAGUAUGAAUAUUUAUAUUUAUAUUUCAUAUCUUAUACCCAUCAUUAGUUAAUGAUUAUGAAUGGAUUGGAAAUAUAGUUUUUCGUUUGAUUUUUGAUGGUGGUGUAUUUCUUAUACCGUGAUGAGUAUUAUAUAUAUAUGAGAUGAAAUUUAAAUCGAAAUUGAAAAUUAAUGCAGAUUUGGAUCGAUCGAAAGAAAAAAGCGAGUAAUCGAUUAAUAUAUUGCAUAUAAUUUACUAUCAUUCAUUAUAAGUUGUUAUAAAUUGUUAUAAAUUGUUAUAAAUUGUUAUAAAUUGUUAUAACAUAAUAUAGUAUAAUAUAAUACAAUAUGUCAGGAG